UGUGUGUGUGUGCGUGUGUGCGUGCGUGUGUGUGUGUGUAGCUCCAUCUGGCUCGACCUCUGCUCUCCGUUGUGUUUUCUGAGCGAGAACAGCUCUGGACGGCGAGGAGGAAAGCAAGCCCCUAGACCUGAUGGAAGUGAAAGAAGAAAGUGAAGAACUAACUGAAGUGCAUCAGUAUCAUGAUCAAAAAACAACUUGCAGAACAGGAACCGGCUCUUUCAUCUGUCUUCAGUGUGGGAAGAGUUUCACCAAGAAAGCUCACCUGAAGGAUCACAUACGCAUCCACACCGGAGAGAGACCUUUCAGGUGCAUUCAGUGCGGGAAGGAUUUCAUACAGAAAACAAACCUGAAGGAGCACUUGAGAAUCCACACUGGAGAGAAACCCUUCACGUGCCAGCAGUGUGGAAAGAGCUUUACGCAAACAGGCCAGCUGAGAAACCACAUCAAAACUCACUCUGGCCAACCUCCUUUCAUCUGCUUACAGUGCGGGAACAGUUUUGUGCACAAAGGCACCCUUAAGGCUCACAUACGGAUCCACACUGGAGAACGAUUGUUCAUGUGCCCUCACUGUGGGAAGAGUUUCACACGGAAAGACAUCUUGAAGAAUCACCUGCGCAUUCAUUCUGGAGAAAAGCCUUUCUUCUGCCUUCAGUGCGGGAAGAGUUUCACCAAAGCAGAGUAUCUCCGGAUCCAUCAGCAGCACUCUCAUUCCCAAGAACGACCGUUCGACUGCCGUCAGUGUGGGAAUUAUUAGGGCUCCUGACUGCACCACUGUUAUUGUUCUUUGACUCACUAGAUAGUGUGAAAACUAGUGCAUUGUGAUUUUUUUUAUUAGAGGGUGACCGAUGUAUCAGUUUUACCGAUUAAUCGGCACCGAUAGUGGAUUGCUAGAACAAUCGGUUAUCGGCAAAAAUCCAUGCCGAUACUUUCUCGGGUUGUGUCCGUUGCUGGAGCGGCUGACCAGGCUCUGUUCUCAAUAUACAGUGUGAGAGCGGCCUCUAGUGGCUGAAAUCACAGACAGCACGUGUUGUUUGAUUAGACACAUGACGCUGCACGCUGAACAGAGCGAGAAUCUUCAGAACCUGACUUAAAUACAGCUGACAGAUAAAAAAAAAAAAAAAAAAAAAACUGUUUUAGACCGAUGCUCGAGUUGAAUGCAACGCGUCCGGAGUGUGUGUGAAACCGGUGAGUUCUCCUAGCGGCUCUUUUAUUUUGAUUAGAUAUUUAUUAAGUGUUCAAGGAUAGAAGCAGUUAAAGUGUGAGAGUAUACAUUGUGCUGGUAUAAUUGUAGGGCCCUAUGUUUUUCGGGAUGCAGAAAAUGCGGAUGGAAUCGCGGAAUCCAUUCAUAAAAACAGAAUUCUCAGUUUAACACGGAAUGACACUCGCGGUGAUUUCAGCAUCUGUACAUAGCCUACUACUACUACUACUACAACUUCUGCUAAAAUGAGACUAUGGAGCCAAAAGAGUCUCAAUCAAGAUAA